GAUUGGCCGAGCGUCUCACGGCCGGGGGGGUAAAAAUUGUGAAUGGCCUCUCACUGACUGAGAUGUGUAAUGAUUUAUAAUGUUUUAUCGGCACUUGGCAGAUGUUGUUUUUAUUUGACGUGACGUUCUUCAGGACUGGAUUGUAACGGGGAAACGAUGUCGGACGCUGAAGGUGCUCGCAGUCCUGACCAGCUGAAUAAAUUCGAGAGACUGACACACAGGCCGCCGCACGGGGAGACGUUAGCAGGUCAUCGUACUCCCCCUGCCCGCAGUGGGCAUCGCUGCGUUGCUGACAACACUAAUCUGUAUGUGUUUGGAGGGUACAACCCUGACUAUGAUGAGUCAGGAGGCUCAGAGAAUGAAGACUAUCCACUGUUCAGGGAGCUUUGGAGGUACCACUUUGCCACUGGCUGCUGGCAGCAGAUUCGAACAGAGGGCUAUAUGCCCACGGAGCUGGCAUCUAUGUCAGCUGUUUUGCACGGCAACAACCUCCUGGUGUUUGGCGGCACCGGGAUCCCCUUCGGUGAAAAUAAUGGCAAUGACGUACAUGUCUGUAAUGUGAAGUACAAGCGGUGGUCACUGCUCAACUGUCGGGGGAAGAAGCCCAACAGAAUCUAUGGACAGGCAAUGGUUAUUAUAAACGGCUUCCUGUACGUGUUUGGAGGGACAACGGGUUACAUCUACAGCACAGACUUGCACAGGCUGGACCUGACGACCAGGGAGUGGAUCCACCUCAAACCCAACAACCCUCCUGAUGACCUGCCUGAGGAACGGUACAGGCAUGAAAUAGCACAUGACGGACAGAGGAUUUACAUUCUGGGAGGAGGAACUUCCUGGACAUCUUACCCUCUGGACAAGAUACAUGCCUACAAUCUGGAGACCAACUCCUGGGAGGAGAUCACAACUAAACCUCAUGACAAAAUAGGGUAUCCUGCUCCUAGGAGAUGCCAUAGCUGUGUACAAAUACGAAAUGAUGUAUUUAUCUGUGGAGGCUACAAUGGAGAGUUGAUAUUAGCUGAUCUGUGGAAGAUCAACCUGCAGACUUUCCAGUGGAGUAAAUUACCAGCAGUGAUGCCUGAGCCGGCCUACUUCCACUGUGCUGCUGUCACCCCAGCUGGCUGUAUGUACAUCCACGGUGGCGUAGUGAACAUCCAUGAGAACAAGAGGACUGGCUCUCUGUUUAAGAUCUGGCUGGCUGUGCCCAGCCUGCUGGAGCUAUGCUGGGAGAAGCUCCUCAAGGCCUUUCCCCACCUGACUUCACUCCCCACCAUGCAGCUGCUCAACCUGGGCCUCACACAGGAACUCAUCGAACGCUUGAAAUAGGACGCACAGUGGAGGACAGAUGGACGGACGGACAAAUGAAUGGAUGGGACGGGCCGGGCUGGACUGGGAGGAGAUGAGGUCUGACAGAGCACAGAAUUAAAAUCAUAGCAAAAUUCUCGGGAAAACGCCCUUUCCCUCCCCUGCCUAACGUAGCCCCGCCUUAAAACCAAAAACAAUGGGAUGCCUUUUUCUUUUUGUUUGCCAUUUUUUUCCUGCCAGUUUCAGUGAUUGAUAAAGAAAAUAAAUGUGGAAUGUUUUAUGGAUUUUACUCAACUCAACUUUUCAGGGGGUAUUUUCAUCACCUGAUAUUGCGGUUUGCACACUUUGUCUUGCAUAUUUGUGGAUUUUUUUUUUUUUUUUUUUAACAGAUUCUAUUAGCAGUCUAUCAUCAGUCAGACAGUGGUUUUAUUACCGGCCAUGCCAGUGUUUUUGCACAUUUUAGCCCACUUAAUUUAAAUCCCAUGUUAAAUGUUUUUUUAGGACCUUCCAGGCAGCAUUUUUAUUUCAGUUAUCCCCCUAUUCCCCCAAAUCAACUCCCAGAAGCUUGAGAGUUGCUUUACACAGUCAGUCACUCUGAUUUUCAUGUGUUUUUAUUGUUGAAGUAAUGUUAUCCUUGCAUAAUUUUGACAUAAAUAAAAGCAGACAAGGUGGUUACUUUGAAGGAUCUUAAAUUCUAAGUUGUUUUUAUACAAUAUAAACAGGAACCAGUGUCUGUCUGGAGGGAAGGAAAAACAAUUUUAAAGUUUAAGUAGUGUGUUACUUGUGUUAAGUUAGCUAAAACAUGUAGAAACACUGUAUGCUCUUCAUUAGGGUGCAAAAAAAAAAAAAAGGUUCAGCACUGGGUUUGCCGGUGUCCAAGCCCUUGUAUUUCCUGUAUUUUCCAGUAUGCAUUCUGUUUCAGCCGAUUCUGGAAAACUGUCUGCAGCUCUCAUUUGUAAACCAAACCACGCAACACGUCACUGUGAAUUUGGUGCUCUUUGAAAUUGAUUUUUAAAAAAAAUGCUUUUAUUCGAAUAAAGACUUAUCUCUGUUCAGACUUUCACUCCCUCUCUGUGGAUGACCCAAAGUGUUUUUGCACAGGGAGUUGCUUCAGUAGCAGGCUUACACAGACAUCUGUUAAUACUGCAGUGCCUUUUUUUCCAAACUUUUAACGAGGCUGAAAUUUCACAAAUAUAGGCAGUGGUAAGAUCUUUGCAUGUUUAGACAAAAGGGUGUGUGUUGAAAAUUGUGUUUUCAAGUAAGUGAACGUUUUAAACCAUUUUCAACAAGCUGUUACGUUCAAUCACUCAACAUGUCGGUGGCAAAAUUUUGUAUCCUGUUUCAAGGAUGCAGGAGCUUUGUGUUCUCGUCCUAUUGACAGCCAAACAGUAGACUUCGCAGACUUAGAUUUCACUCCGCUGUGAGGGUCCUAAGGACAGAGGGAUGUUGUAUGCUGUAAAGCCCUGUGAGGCAAAUUGUGAUUUGUGAUAUUGGGCUUUAUAAAUAAAAUUGAUUGACUGACUUAAGGACAGGAUGCAGCAUAUUGGGCCUUUUGGGUAUCAACCCUAAAAGCACUUCUUCAGCGUGUCAAGUUAAGGUGUUCAAUACAGUUUUAAUGUUUAAUGAAUGAUUUUAAAAGAUGCCAAAUACGGUUGCAACCUGAGCAAAGUGAUUAUAAUGAGGGAAUGAGAGGUUAGGUGAGACCCAGGAUGGGGUGUUGCCCAAUUGUUUUAUCUGCCUGCACUUCUUUACCUUGCCCCUUUUGUUUCUGUCUUUCUGUUCUGCAUAACAAACUACUUUGUGCAUGAUGUCAUUUCCUGCUUAUCAUCAGACCUUUUCUUUGGGACAUAGUUUUAAAAGGUGACCACUAAAAUGUUGUACAGUAGGCUUGUGUGAAUGUUGUGCUGGAGUACUGUCAAUAAAGGUGUUCUGUAAAUAGC